GUCCAUCAGGGGCGACACUUUACGCCCACUUUCAGUCUCUGCAGCCUGUUGGGGGCAGUAAUGAGCCAAGGGUCAUUGACAACCGUAAGAAAUAACAAAUAGACGCGGAAGAACGCAGGAGAGGCGUCAGAUCGCCAGAUCCAGGAGCUGGAGAUGAGUUGGAUGAAGUUCUGGACGGCGGUGGUCAGCGCGCUGUGUCUGCCGCUGCACCUGAUCCGGGCGGCUGGUCUGUAUGAGGGAUACAAACGCAUCUUCCCCAUGUGGCUCAGCCGCUUCACGGCCGCCUACAACAAGAUCAUGCAGGAGGAGAAGCAGCAGCUGUUCCGCAGCCUGUCGGAGUUCGCUCCGGCCCGCGGGCCGCUCACCAUCCUGGAGGUCGGCUGCGGUACCGGGGCGAACUUCCAGUUCUACCCGGCGGGCUGCAGGGUGAUCUGCACGGACCCGAACCCGCACUUCCAGAAGUACCUGAAGAGCAGCAUGGAGAAGAACCACCACCUGACCUACGAGAAGUUCGCGGUGGCUUCUGGGGAGGACCUGCGCGCAGUCGCAGACGAGUCCGUGGACGUGGUGGUGUGCACGCUCGUGCUCUGCUCUGUCGCAGACAUGGCGCAAACGCUGCGGGAGGCGCUCAGAGUUCUGCGCCAUGGGGGGGCCUUCUUCUUCCUGGAGCACGUGGUUGCCGACCCCUCCAGCUGGACCUACUUCCUCCAGCACGUCAUCCAGCCUGCCUGGUACUACUUCGGGGAUGGGUGCGAGGUCACGCGGGAGACCUGGAAGUACCUGGAGAACGCCGGAUUCUCCGACCUCAAGCUGAGACACAUCGAGGCGCCCAUCGCCCGCGUCGUUAAAGCGCAUGUCGUAGGCUACGGCAUCAAAUGAGUUUUGGAAAAAACCCGGAUAAAUAAACUUCACCCAACAGUAGCCGGGACGGGGCUCCGGUGACCCCAUGACCCUGAAAGGGAUACAGCCAGUCAAAAACUGGAUGGAUGGAGCUUUUUAAUAACUUCUUCAUUAAUUUCAUUUGAAUAUGAGACAUAUAUUGAGAAAAGCGAGACCCAAGAAUACUUUUAUUGAAUAUCUAACAGGUUUUCUAAAGCAGAGAAUUGACAAUCUAACACUAAAGAAUGUAAUAAAACAAAAAACAGCUUUAAGAAGUUAAAUAAAA